CUUGCUAAGAGAAAAAAAGCAUCUAAUUACUUAUCGGAGCAACUCAAGGGAUUUCACAAAGGCUCGGAGGGAGGUACAACAAGAAGACGAGAGAUGGCAAAUUACGAUGGAAAUAAUAUUGUUGCACCUGUUCCUCGUUGGGAAGACAUCCAGAGACCAAUGAUUCUUGCAAGCCGUUCUUGCAUUCGACUGAGUGAAAAAAUGCGAAAUUAUGAAUUUAAAAGCAAACAUGUGAAAGCAUUGCCACAAUUUUCUGGGCACCCAAUUGAGGACCCACUAGGCUUCAUCAAGGAAUUUUAUUUGGCAGUGUCAACACUACCUCUUAAGGGGCUGACCGAAGAAGAGCUAAAGAUGCGAUGUUUUUCUCAUUGCAUGAAAGAAGAUGCUAGAGAAUGGCUAUUGAAUUUACCUGAAGAGUCCUUGACAACAUGGGUUGAAGUCUAUGAAGCAUUCAUGCUUCGAUUCUAUUCACCUCAUCAAAUUGAAGAGUUUCGAGAAAAGAUAUUUUAUUUUUCACAACUUCAUGGGGAACUGUUCCAUGAGACAUGGGAGCGCUUCAAGACUCUUCUAAAUCAAUGCCCUCACCAUGGUUUUACUAAUUUAAUGCUGAGUGAGAUUUUUUAUAAAGCUCUAACUCCUUUUUAUCAGACCCAAGUUGAUAUAGCUGCAGGUGGAUAUGGAGGAAAUGUUACGGCUAUAGAGAAGAUGAAUGUAUAUGAAAAACUAGCCAGAAAUUCUAGGCUAAAGGGAGUUCAAGGAAGGAGGGUAGAAGCACAUGAAGUGGGAACUAGAUAUGGAAACUUCAAUGGAGCCUUUGCUAAGGGAACCAACCUCAAUCACACACCAAAUGAUUUCUUACAUGGAAUUCAGCCCCAACCUCAGCAACCUUCAAGCAUGAUCUCCAAAAUUGACAAGUUGGAGGAUAUGAUCUCCAAGCUUGUCGAUAUUCAAACCAAUGCCCAACAUGCGCAAGCUGCAACCGAAGCAGCUAUCAAGAAUUUGGAAAUCCUAAGUCAAGAGAUUAUCCAAAUACUAAGGACAAAUUUGUGACUACAUAUUUGGAAGUAACUUUGGUAAAUUUUUAAGUGACUAUCUUUUUUUUUUUUGUAAGUGCCUUUUGAAAGUUUUACAAAUUCAUAUUGGAAAACAACUCAUUCUCAAGUGUAAAUCAUGAUUUUUCCA